UUCAGGUAAAUGCUGUCUUGCACUCUACCUAUCUCUCUUCCUUGAAUGGUUUUGGCCGGUUUAUUGGGGAAUGUGAUGGUCUCAGAGGACCUGUUAGGGGCAAAGUUCACCUUUGUAAGUGUAGACCAUUUGGCUGUUCUCUGGAUUCACCCUCAGUGUGGUGUCUGAAGAGCAUCCUGAGACUAACUCUCAGCAUGGCUCAGACACUUCGGCUGUCUUGGCUAUUGUUGGCCCUCCUCUUCUUCGGUGGACUGCAGUGUGACCAGGGCAAUCGAGCCCAUAGCCGCAGCAAGAGGGACAUCAGCAAUACCCAGCCUCGUAUGAUCUCAGAGAAUGGUCACCUUACUUUUUCUGCGGGAAACAAUAAAGACAUCAAUUUUCAGACCUCAGGGACAGGGAGAGUGAAAGUGGGGGGCGAGGACCUCACUCAGCAAAUAGACCAGAUCAAAACCAAUAAAGAUGACAUUGAAAAAAUAAAGAACAGUGGCCCAUCUGAAGACGUCACCAACCAGCUGAAUCAGCUGAAAACAAGGGUGACCUCUGUUGAGUCAAAAGUUGAAACAAUAGAACAGACAAUCCAACGGAAAACAUGUAGCAGCAACCCGUGCCAGAACUUGGGGACGUGCCUGAACCUACUGGACUCUUUUCACUGUCUCUGCCCUCAGAACUGGCAGGGCCCCACCUGUGCUGUUGAUGUGAAUGAGUGUCAGAUCUAUGCUGGAACCUCUCAGGGAUGCCAGAAUGGAGCCACAUGUGUCAACACUGAUGGAUCUUUCACUUGCACAUGUCCUCCAGAGUGGUAUGGACCACACUGCACCUCUCGGUAUGAUGACUGUGCAGGAGGUAGUCAGGACCUGUGCGUUCAUGGGAUGUGUAUUGAUUCUGACAGGGUCACACCUGAUGAGCCCAAAUAUAAUUGCAUCUGUGAUGCUGGGUGGAUGGCUCCUGCUGGCAGCUCUGCCUGCACUGCAGAUGUGGAUGAGUGUAGCCUUCCCAACAAGCCCUGCUCCACUAACCCCGCUGUAGAGUGUUUCAACACACUAGGCUCCUACUUCUGUGGGGCCUGUCCAGCAGGCUGGCAAGGCAAUGGCUACAGCUGUCAGGACGUGAAUGAGUGCGACACAAACAACGGGGGCUGUUCAACCUCCCCCAUGGUGCCUUGCCUCAACACCAUGGGUUCCUUCCACUGUGGCCAGUGUCCUUCAGGUUAUGAGGGAGAUGGAAAGACUUGCACUCAAGCCGACAUUUGUUCAUCCAACAAUGGAGGAUGUUAUCCCCUGGCCACUUGUGCCUCUGUCUCAGGUAGCAAUAUCCCAAUAUGCACUUGUCCUCCUGGUUAUGAGGGCCAUGGAUACGGACCUGUUGGUUGUACCCAGGUUAUUGACACCUGUGGCACUAACAAUCCAUGUGUCAAUGGCCAGUGUGAGAACACUGCCACUGGGUAUGUCUGCCGCUGUGACCCAGGCUGGACAGACCAGAACUGUGACCAGAACAUCAAUGAGUGUGCCAGUAACCCCUGCCAGAAUGGAGGCACCUGUACUGAUGGCAUUAAUGGCUACACCUGUACUUGCACAUCACAGUGGACAGGCUCGGAGUGCCAGACUGAACAGCAAGAAUGUGGAGGAGUGCUCCAGGGUCUCUCUGGAACUUUUAGUUAUCCCAACACUCCUGGGCAUGAUCAGUAUGACCACAUGGUCAGCUGCGCCUGGAUCAUCAGAACUGAUGCUGACAAGAUUCUGCGGAUCACAUUCCCUUUCUUUGAACUAGAGCACAGCAGCACCUGUAGCUUCGACUACCUCCAGAUCCAUGAUGGCGAGAGCGCCUCUGCCUACAUGCUUGGCAAAUACUGUGGCACCAAUGCCCCAGCUGAGCUCUUCAGCUCCCACAACUCUCUUUACUUCUGGUUCCGCUCUGACCACACAAUAAACAGUGGUGGCUUCACUGUGUCCUGGACUUCUCAAGCACCAGUUUGUGGUGGUCACCUGACUAAUUCAUACGGUGACAUCAAGUCUCCUGGUUACCCGGGCAAUUACCCACCAAACCGUGACUGCUAUUGGACGAUAGAUGUGGGUCCAGGGCUGAUCAUUACCUUCGCCUUUGGAACACUCAGUCUUGAACACCAUCCUGACUGCAACUACGACUAUCUAGAAAUCAGAGACGGGCUGCUACCGGAAGACCCACUUUUAAACAGGUACUGCAGCACUGAUUCCCCAGCCCCCCUGCAGACGACUGGUCCUGCUGCCUGGAUUCAUUUUCACUCUGAUUACGUUAUCAGUGACCAGGGCUUCCAUAUUACCUACACCACCUCUCCAUCUGACCCGGGAUGUGGAGGCACCUAUACAGACAGUCAAGGCAUUAUCAUCUCCCCCAACUGGCCUAAUAAUUAUGCACAUGACAAGCAGUGUAUCUAUUUGAUCAGACAGCCUCGGAGUGAGCUGGUGGUUCUAAACUUCACGCAUAUGGAAAUUGAAUUUCACUCUGGCUGUGAAUUUGACUAUGUGGAGGUGCGUGAUGGCUCAGCGGAAACUGAUCCACUCAUUGGAAAGUACUGUGGCUCUACCCUGCCAGCCCCCAUCUUGUCUACUGCUAACGUCCUCUGGAUCCGCUUCAAAUCUGACAGCUCAGUCAGCCAUGCUGGCUUCAGGGCUGUAUAUGAAAUCAGUUGUGGAGGCACUCUCUCUGGUUCUGGGCAAAUCCGCACACCUCUUCACCCUGACGCCUACCCCCACAACAAAAAUUGUGAGUGGGUUAUCAAUCAGCCUGAGGGCUAUGUCGUCACACUCAACUUCCUCACCUUUGAUGUUGAAGACAGUGCUGGGUGCUACUUUGACUAUGUGGAGGUAAGAGAUGGUGCCUCAUCCAGCUCUCCUCUGCUUGGUCGAUACUGUGGAAGCCAGGUCCCUGCAAUGUUGCAGUCCACACAGAGUCACAUGUAUAUCCUGUUCAGUACCGAUGCUUCAGUCACCAAUCAUGGCUUCACUGCAGAGUAUGCAUCUGUGAUGGAAGGCUGUGGAGACACUCUAACAGAACCUUCAGGAACCAUCACCAGCCCUGGCCAUCCUACGAACUACCCUCAUGGUGCUAACUGCUCCUGGUACAUCUCUGUGGCCCCUGGCAACAUCAUCCGACUCUCCUUCACCUCCUUCAACUUGGAGUACCACGCAAACUGUGAUUUUGACUAUGUGGAGAUCUAUGACAAUGGCACUGCUCAGACUGGGAAUCUUUUGGGCAGAUACUGUGGGCGUUCAGUUCCUCCCUCCCUGACCAGCACUGACAACCUCAUGACCAUUCUAUUUGUCUCAGACUCCAGCUUGGCAGAUGAGGGCUUCUCUGCCAACUAUGUCUCCCUCAAUGCCACAACAGACUGUAGUGCAGUGUUCACUACUCCCACUGGAGUGCUGACCUCUCCCAACUACCCCAACCACUACCCCAUGAGCCGCGAGUGCAUCUAUGCAAUCAUAGUGGAGGUCAACAUGCAGAUCAUGCUCAACUUCACUGACUUUGAGCUGGAGGGUGGCUCUUCCUGCCCAUUUGACUACGUGGAAAUCAGAGAUGGAGGCUUUGAAACAUCACCCCUAAUUGGUCGAUACUGCUCAAACCAGGCUCCACCCCUAGUGAUAUCCCAUAGCAACAGGCUAUGGAUUAAGUUCUAUUCAGAUCACUCUGUCACUUUCAAAGGCUUCUCUGCACAUUGGGAUGGCACACAGACAGGUUGUGGAGGAACUCUGACCACCAGUGUUGGUAGUUUCACAUCUCCUAACUACCCUCUGCCCUACCACUCCAAUGCUGAAUGCUACUGGCACAUUAAAGUGAAUGCAGGAAGUACCAUCCUGCUCAGUUUUGAAGAUUUUCAUCUGGAGUCCAGCACUGAUUGCCGUUAUGAUUACCUUGCGGUAUAUGAUGGGAACAGCACUAAUGCUGAUCAGUUGGCCAUACUGUGUGGAAACCAGAUCCCUAACGCUAUUAACUCCACUAAAGAGCAACUGUAUGUUAAACUACGCACAGACAGCAUCAUUAAUGCAGGGGGCUUUGUGGCAUCAUACACAUCCAGUUGUGAAGAUGUUGUCAUUGCUAACCAGAGAAGUGGAGUGAUUGAGAGCCAAAAUUUCCCAAACAACUACCCCUUUAACUCCAGAUGCAGCUGGACCAUCCAGGCCACCAUGGGCAACACCAUCAAUUACACCUUCACUGCUUUUGACCUGGAGAGUACCUCCGCCAGCUGUAUAUACGACUAUCUGGAGCUGUAUGACGGUCCAAAUACCCAAGCUCCUUUGAUUGGUAAAUUCUGUGGCAGCACGCCCCCUCCAGCAAAUGCCACCACCAGCAGCAGCCUCCAUGUUGUGUUCCAUUCCGACCUCUCUAUUGCCCACACUGGCUUCCGGAUGCUUUGGUACCAGAAUGGUUGUGGUGGAGAGUUAUCUGGGCCCUCUGGCUCCUUCAACAGCCCAGGUUAUCCUGACAAAUACCCUGAAAACCGGGAAUGUGUGUGGUACAUCCAGACCAGCCCUGGCAGCAGCAUCACUGUCACCAUCCAUGAGUUUGAUAUAGAGUACCAUCCCAACUGUGACUUUGACCUGCUAGAGGUAUAUGGAGGUCCUGACUUGAGUGCCCCACGACUAGCCCAACUGUGCACCACACGUCCCCCGAACAACCCCCUCCAGGUGUCCAGCACAGGCAAUGCCGUCACUGUCCGUUUUAAGAGUGAUGAGUAUGUCAGUGGUGGAGGCUUCAGUGCUAGCUGGCAGGAAACCCAAGGAGGAUGUGGAGGACCUAUCACAGCACCCAGUGGAGAGAUCCAUUCUCCCCAAUACCCCAACAACUAUCCCAACAAUGUAGACUGCUCCUGGGUCAUCACUGUGGACAAGGGCCACCGGAUUCUCUUCAACUUCACUGAUGUGGACAUUGAGAGUCACUCCUCAUGUAUCUGGGAUUAUGUGGAUAUCCAUGAUGGUCCAGAACAGUCCUCUCCUCUGUUGGCCAAAGUUUGUGGUUUCUCCAUACCUGAUCCCAUUUUCUCCACACAAAACAUCAUCUACGUUCGCUUCAGAUCAGACGUCAGCAGCAAUCACAGGGGCUUCAGGGCAGAGUUCUCAGAGGCUUGUGGAUCCACCAUCAUGGCUGAUGAUGUGGGAGGUGCUAUUGCUUCCCCACGCUAUCCAUACCCAUACCCCAACAACCAGAACUGCAGUUGGAUCAUUAUUGCACAAGAACCAUUCAAUCAUGUAUCGUUGUCCUUCACUGACUUUGAGUUGGAGAUGUUAAACAGCAACUGCUCCCAUGAUGCAGUAGAGAUCUUAGAUGGUGACAACUAUGGGGCCCCAUCUGUCGGUCGUUACUGUGGCAGUGACAUACCUCAUCCAACUACUUCAUUCAGCAAUGCCCUGGUGGUGAACUUUGUGUCUGAUGCUUCAGUAACCAGGAAAGGCUUCAGAGCAACAUACAUGGCCUCAACCUCAGGAUGUGGUGGUAACCUUCACAUGGAGUCUGGGGCCUUCAACAGUCCUAACUACCCAGAUGCCUAUCCACCCAACAUUGAGUGCGUGUGGACUAUCAUUAGCUCCCCUGGAAACCGCCUCCAGCUCUCCUUCAUUCUGUUCGAGCUGCAGCAGAGUACAGGCUGUAAUAAUGAAUAUCUAGAAAUUCGUGAGGGGAACUCUACUGGCACCUUGGUUGGCCGUUUUUGUGGAAACUCCCUUCCCUCUAAUUACACCUCUCUCAUCGGUCAUGUGCUCUGGGUCAAGUUUGUUUCAGACGCCUCUGUCAGUGGAGCUGGCUUUAGGGCCACUUUCUCCCACUUGUAUGGAAACGAUAUCACAGGUACUUCUGGCCAAAUUGCUUCACCCCUGUAUCCACGCACGUACCCCAACAAUGCAGACUAUCGCUGGACAAUCACUGUCGGUGGAGACUCUUACAUUCAGAUCACUUUCCUGGAUAUUGAUAUAGAAGACUUGUAUGACUGCUAUUAUGACCAGCUCAAGAUAUUUGAUGGACCUAACGUUCAUGCGUAUCCUCUGGGAGUUUUCUGUGGGCCGCGUUUGCCUGAGCCUGUGAGAAGCUCUGGCAGUACCGUGACCCUAGAGUUCACAUCAGAUUUUGUGAUUGGAGGAAGAGGCUUCCUUGUUGAGUGGACAGCCAUCCAGAGCUCUGGUCCUUUGCCCACUAUAACACCAGGUGCUUGUGGAGGUUCUCUCAUGCCUGAUGACACACCCAGGUUCCUCUUCUCUCCUGGCUGGCCUAAUGAGUAUGAGCCAAACCUAGAAUGCACUUGGGUAAUCCGCUCACCUGACUCCACUGUGGAGCUCAACCUGCUGUAUAUGGACAUUGAGGGUGAAGCCACAUGUUUGUACGACAGUUUAGUCAUCAGGGAUGGUGAGACUAACCUGUCCCCAUUGCUGGCAAGGCUCUGUGGUCGUGAGUUGCCUGGUUCGCUCCAUUCUACAGGUGACUCCCUGUUCCUGCGUUUUACUUCAGAUUAUAGCAUCAGCGGAUAUGGCUUCAAUGCAUCCUACUCUAAAGGUUGUGGUGGUCUGCUCCAUGCAGACAGAGGAGUGCUCAGCUCCCCUCACUACCCUCAGAACUACAAACCUAACCUGGACUGCAGUUGGCAUGUGAUGGUCACUUCUGGCUUUAGGGUGUCUGUUACCUUCGAAAGUCCAUUCCAGGUGCAAGGUUUUGGCACUGCCUGCAGCUCUGGAGACUAUCUGGAGUUGCGGAAUGGGCCAGAUGGUAAUGCACCAUCUUUAGGUGGUCGUCUAUGUGGAGCCAGCGCCCCUGCAGUUACACAGACUACUGAUAACCAUCUAUAUGUGCAGUUUGUCUCAGAUGCCUCAAAUGAGGCCAGUGGAUUUAAACUGUUAUUUGAAGCCCACAGUACUGCUUGUGGAGGAACCAUUGAGUUGAAAGAUGGAGAUCCACCAGGGUAUAUUACAUCACCUAAUUAUCCAUCAGACUAUCCUCAGAACAUUGACUGUGUCUGGAUUAUCAUGGUGCCCAAUGGAGAGUCUGUGCAACUGGAUUUUGAAGAUUUCUACAUUGAGCCAAACACUCUAUGUUACUAUGACUACCUGGAAAUACGGGAUGGUGUCACUUCAAAUGCUGAACUGCUUGCCAAGCUCUGUGGCAGUACAAUACCAUCUACCCAACAUUCCACAGGUUCUGCUAUGUACCUUCGUUUCCGCACUGAUCACAUCAUUACACACAAGGGCUUUAAGGCCAAGUACUCCAUAGCUUCAUGCGGUGGCACAUAUAUUGGCCAGAGUGGUACCAUCAGAAGCCCAGGAUACCCAGAUUCAAAUUACCCAGACAACUCCAAUUGUGAGUGGUACCUGGAAGGCCCCACUGGACACUACCUGACCCUCAGCUAUACAGCCUUUAAUCUGCAGAGCUCCACUGACUGCGCCAAUGAUUAUGUAGAAAUACGCGAGUACAAUGCUUCUGGCCGCUUGCUAGGAAAGCACUGUGGAAGCAGUUUGCCUGCACCCGUGGACACAGGAGACAGUUUUGCCUAUGUGAAGUUUGUCAGUGACGGAAGUGGAAAUGCAGCAGGAUUCAGCCUGUCAUUUGAAGCCAGUGUAGAGGAAUGUGGAGGGGAUCUGAAUGCCCCCUCUGGGACUAUCUCAUCUCCAAACUACCCUAAUCUGUACCCUCACAACCGGGUAUGUCACUGGAGAAUCACUGUACCUCAUGGCCGAAGGGUUACCCUCACCUUUAAUGACCUUCGGCUGGAGGAACAUGGAAGCUGUGUAUAUGACUACGUAGAGGUCAAAAAUGGGCUAGCAUCCAAUGCCCCUCGUAUACAGCGCUUCUGUGGCACUGUACCUGCAGGCACACAGGUGAAAUCCUCUGGCAACACUAUGAUGGUUAUUUUCUCCACUGAUUCUUCUGUGUCCAAUGGUGGAUUCACUGCAGAUUAUUCCUCUGAUGAGGAAGCAGUAUGUGGAGGAAUCCUAGAUACCCCAGGAAACUUCACCUCACCUAACUAUGGUGUUGCUAACUACAGCAACAAUCUGAACUGUGAGUGGCUGAUCCAGAAUCCACAGCAUGUGAACUCCUCCAUUGUGGUGCUUAUAGAUUACUUGCACUUGGAAACCCACCAGAACUGCCAAAAGGACUACCUGGAGUUCAGACUUGGUGAUGUAAAUGGUGAACUGCUUGCCCGUUUGUGUGGUCAGACCAUUCCAGAGGUUCCAAUUGUGGUGUUCACUCCUCAACUUUGGGUUCAUUUCCUAACUGAUGAAGAUGUUGUGGAUUUGGGAUUCAAAGCUACAUAUUAUUUCUCAGACUGUGGAGGUUCCCAGACGGGUGAAGGAGGAGUUAUUUCUAGCCCUGGUUAUCCAAAUAACUACCCAUCCCCAAGUCGCUGUGCCUGGCUCUUGGAAGCUCCAGAAGGCCAUACAAUCAUUCUAACAUUCACAUACUUUGAAGUAGAAGAACACAGCCAGUGUUCUUGGGACUCAGUGACAAUCUUCAAUGGAGGCUCUUCAGGUUCUCCCAUAAUUGGACAAUACUGUGGUCAUAAUUCCCCUGGGAGAAUCCAGUCAGGUUCGAACAAGCUAGCGGUGGUAUUUCUGGCUGACCACUUAGUGUCCAAGGGAGGGUUUAUUGCUACUUGGUCAACAGACUCCUCAGGAUGUGGUGGGGUCAUACAUGCUGACUCAGGCACCAUCAAGUCCCCUAAUUAUCCUCAGAACUUCCCAUCUAAUGUUGAAUGUUCUUGGACCAUCAUUGCUCAUGAAGGCAAUCACUUGGAGAUGGGUUUUGCUAGUGACUUCCAGAUACCUGACUCUAGUGGGCAGUGUCAGAACAGUUACAUCAAGGUGUGGUCUGGUGACAAAGAGCAGAAUGAUGCUCUGUUGUCCACUGGCUGUGGCUCCACAGCUCCUUCUUCCAUCAUUGCUCCUUUUAACGUCAUCACUGCCCGCUUCCAGUCUUCUGAGGCAGUUGGCAAAGGCUUCUCAGCCUCUUACUUUACACGCUGUGGUGCAAACUUCUCUGCUCCUGCUGGUCGUGUGGUAUCCCCUAACUACCCGGAUGAGUACCCCCACAAUUCCAACUGUGACUACCUCAUCGAUUCUGGAGACCAGACUGUGAUCCUCAUCACGUUUACAACUUUCCAGAUAGAGGCUCAUUCAACAUGCAAUUAUGAUGGAGUAAAGAUCUACAAGGGCUCUUCUGCAAGCGAAAAUCUUAUUGCCACUCUUUGUGGCGACACUAUCCCAGGCCCCUUCUCCACUUUUGGUCCCAUGCUUCUCAAUUUCUACUCUGACUCCAUUAUCAGUGACAGCGGCUUCCUUGCCGAAUAUACAGCUAUCCCAUGUGGAGGGGUGUUUAAUGGCACCUCAGGGUCAGUUAGCAGUCCUACUCAUUCCAUCGUCAACUACCACCACAAUAUAAACUGCACCUACCACAUCGUUGUGCGAGACAAUCGUAUCAUCGACCUUAAAUUCAACAGUUUUCACCUUGAAGCCUCUUCAACCUGCGCCUUUGAUUAUGUGGCUGUAUACGAUGGACCAAACACCCUGGCUCCACUCCUAGGACGGUUCUGUGGCACUGUUCUCCCCCAAAACCUUAGGUCUUCAAGCAAUGAGAUGUUUAUCGUGUUCAGAACCGAUGCAUCAGUGGAUGGUGAAGGCUGGAGGGCAACAUACAGAGAAGCUUUAGGACCUCAGCAGGGUUGUGGAGGCUACCUCACAUCCUCCACAGGGAUGUUUGGUUCUCCUGACAUUGACUUUAAUGGAAAGUACGAGCAUUACAUGGACUGUUUAUGGACCAUUGCUGUUUCAACCGAUAAAGCUGUUAACCUCACGUUUGCCACCUUUGAUCUCGAAGCUGCCUCUGGCUCAGAGUGUCGAUAUGAUUAUGUCAAGAUCUUUGAUGGUGACAGUGAGAAUUACCCGUUGGUUGGAACAUUCUGUGGAGACACGAUACCUGCCCCUUUUGUGUCAGCUAGUCACUUUCUGACAGUGCACUUUGUCACAGAUGGAUCAGUGGCUUUCAGUGGCUUUAAUGCUACCUACAGUGCAGUCGACAGACUGUGUGGAGGAAUGCAUAAUGCCACCUCCACGCCUCAGACCAUCACUUCUCCGUUUUACCCUGACCCAUACCCUGCCUUCACCUCCUGCCGCUGGGUCCUGGAUGCUCCUGCACAGGAGGCUGUGAAAGUGGUGGUCCAGCACUUCCAGCUACAACCCAGCCAGAGCUGCUCCAGUAACUACUUGGAGAUGAAGGACUGGCCUGUGGGAGACUAUGGGCAGGCACAUAAGUUCUGUGGCUCGGACUCCCACAUCCCUGACUUCUACAGCUAUGAUCGUACCAUGCACCUCACCUUCCACUCUGACACCUUUAUGACUGGCAAUGGCUUCAGUCUGACCUAUCAGGUGGCAGGAUGUAGCAGGGAGUAUGAGCAGGCUUAUGGUUACCUGAAGAGUCCUGGCUGGCCUGCAGUUUAUCCCCAUGAAGUGGAUUGCAUCAUUAUCCUCCGUGCACCUCAGAACAGCUCCAUCUCCCUGUUCUUUGACAGUUUUGACGUGGAAUCUCACCCCUCCUGCAACUUUGACUUCCUGGAGAUAAGGAACGGCAGCACGGCUUCAGCUCCACUCCUGGGGAAAUACUGUGGGACCACACUGCCCAGUCCCAUCUUUCCCAGAUCCAAUGAACUCUACCUACACUUCCAGAGUGACUUCUCUGCUGCCCGCAAUGGCUUUGAGAUCACCUGGACCUCCUCUCCACACGGUUGUGGUGGUAGGUUGUAUGGAGAUCAUGGCUCCUUUACCAGUCCAGACUUCCCUGGUACCUAUGCCAAUGGCACUCACUGUGAGUGGGAUAUUAGGGCCCCCAGUGGAAGAGUGGUGACAGUCACAUUCAACCAGAUCAGCAUUGAUGACCCCGGAGACUGCCAGAACAACUAUCUGAAACUCUAUGAUGGACCAGAUGCCAGCUCACUUCCUGUUGGGCCAUACUGUGGAGCGGAGACAAAUAUAGCCCCAUUCAGAGCCUCGUCACAUCAUGUCUUCAUUGUGUUCCACGCCCAGUCUGUUGUGUUGCCAUCUGGAUUCAGGCUCACAUGGAGCAGCUGAAGAGAAAUCCACACAACAUCCACAUAUAUACACUUAGAUAUAAGUUUACAAACAUUAAAACAAUCAUUUAAACAAUAUCAUGGAGUGCAGUAUUCACCAACUAAUUUAAUAUAAAUAGUUUGAUUUCUUUGUUUGAUCAUCUCAUAUAUUUGUAGAUUUGUUCAAAGAAUUAUGAAAUAUGGUAUAUUUUUUUCUGAAAAUAAAAAAGUUGUUUACUGUA